AUGAAAACAGGAAGACCAAACACUACGUCCAUUCCUCUGCACAAUUCCAGUCUCUUCAACGCCACUCCAAAUUCCAUUCCAGGGGCACUUAGAGGGUGUCUUGGUAGCCUCGAUGGAGCAUGCAUAGAGAAGCUUCUGCUUCACUGUGCUAGUGCCUUAGAAAGUAACGAUGUCACUUUGGCACAGCAAGUGAUGUGGGUGCUCAAUAAUGUUGCUUCUUCAGUUGGUGAUCCAAACCAACGGCUCACCUCAUAUUGUUUAAGGGCACUCGUAUCUAGGGUAUCCAGUUUUUGUCCUACGACGAUGAGUUUCAAUAGUAGCAGCACAAUUCACAGAAGGCUUAUGGGCGUCACUGAGCUAGCCGGGUAUGUUGAUCUAAUCCCUUGGCACCGUUUUGGCUUCUGUGCAACAAAUAGUGCCAUUUUCAAGGCAAUUAAAGGGUGCCCCAGAGUUCAUAUAUUAGACUUUAGCAUCACGCACUGUAUGCAGUGGCCUACUCUCAUAGAUGCCUUGGCAAAAAGGCCUGAAGGCCCUCCUUCACUCAGAAUCACGGUGCCUUCUUGUAGGCCACUAGUCCCUCCCUUGGUUAAUGUAUCAACUAAAGAAGUUGGUCUCCGUUUGGGAAACUUCGCCAAGUUUAGAGAUGUCCCCUUUGAAUUUAACAUAAUCGAUGUCGACACAUCUUGUAAGGACUCCUCUAGCUUUCAUUUUGAAUCAGUAUUCAGCCAUUUGACUCCUCCCACAUUGAACCUUAGGAACGAGGAGGUUUUGGUAGUAAACUGCCAAAAUUGGCUACGGUAUUUGUCCGAUGAAAGUAUAAGAAGUGCACAUCAAGAUGCUUCUUUGCGAGACACUUUCCUAGAUAUAAUCAAGGGGCUUAACCCUUGUAUCAUAAUUGUGGUUGAUGAAGAUUCUGAUCUAAGUGAUUCUAGUCUAACAUCAAGGAUCACAACCUGCUUCAAUUACCUAUGGAUUCCCUUUGAUGCCUUAGAAACUUUCUUGCCUAAGGAUAGUUGUCAAAGGCUAGAGUAUGAAUCGGAUAUUGGACAAAAUAUUGAAAACAUUAUAAGUUAUGAAGGGUUUCAAAGGAUAGAAAGAUUAGAAUCUGGGGCAAAAAUGUGUCAAAGAAUGAAGAAUGCAGGGUUUUCCAGUAUUCCAUUUAGCGAGGAGACUGUUAGGGAAGUUAAGUUCUUGCUAGAUGAACAUGCUAGUGGUUGGGGGAUGAAGAGGGAAGAUGAUAUGUUGGUGCUCACAUGGAAAGGCCACAACUCAGUAUUUGCCACAGCUUGGGUCCCAAAUGGGUUGGAGGAUUAA